AUGGCUGCCAAACUGUGUGUGGAUGCACCUGGGCUCCACAGGCAUGUGUAUCAAUCUUCUUUCUUCUGCCCCACAGGAUUCUUAGUCUUGCUCUCCUUUUAUGCCCUUCACCACAACCCAAAGGUGUGGCCAAACCCAGAGGUGUUUGACCCUUCCCGGUUUGCACCAGAUUCUUCUCGACACAGCCAUGCUUUCCUGCCCUUCUCAGGAGGAUCAAGGAACUGCAUCGGGAAGCAGUUUGCCAUGAACGAGAUGAAGGUGGCAGUGGCCCUGACCCUGCUCCACUUUGAGCUGGCACCAGAUCCUUUCAGGCUCCCUGUUCCCACUCCAAAAAUUGUGCUGAUGUCCAAGAAUGGGAUCCACCUGCAUCUCAGGAAGCUCCUC